UGCAAUUUCUUAUGCACGUUUUUACUCUGAAAAACCUAAUGUUUAAGUAUGUUGUAGCCACUUUUUGGGCAGAUAAUCUUUGAUCUAUUGAAGAACACAAACUCUCUCAAGAAAUUAAUCUCUUUUUGGCUUGGUUUGUUAUUGUUCUUGUGAUCUCUCAUCUAUUUCUCUACAUGAUUAAUCUGAAAUCCAUCAUGGGUUUAAGAGGAAUCAUGGAGAUUAGUGAGUAAUCACCUUUUGAAUUCAUGGGUUAGGAGACUAAGGGUGAUUAGGUUAGUUCUAUGAUGUUUUAGUGUAGAUCAUGUCAUCUCCUUGCUAGUAGAGUGAUUUCAAUACAUCAUUUGAGUAGGCCACUCAAAGGGUGAUCUCUAGGCAUUUCUCACCCGACAGGUGUUCGAUGAAAUGCCCGAGUCAACUCUCCUAGGCUUUUAGUGUACUUUGCCAAAGACAUUUGUUGUUAAAGAUGCUAAGAUAGCUAAUAGACCUGUUGUGACUGAUUGCUUGCAUGUUAUUCAACCAAGGACACUUGAUGUUUGAGAUGUGUUAGCAAAUGAGCAUUCAUCUAGGCAUAGAGCUUGCUUAGAAUUGUGUCUAGGCUUAAGGUUGUUUGUUUGAUCGUUUAUUGUUCAUCCUUAGUUCGAAUCCUGAUCACCCGAGGUCAAGUUCCUAUACCCAUGAGUUCUCCUUUCCAAUAGCUUAAAAGUAUCAUUUUUAUUGCUUUGCAUUAGCUUUAAUCAUUAGUUUAGAAAUCAUCAAAUCACUGGCUGCACUUAGAUUAGGCAAAUACUUGCAUUCUCACUGCUUUGAGUCCCUCAGAACUGGUUCGACAACUUAUUCAUCACUAUACUACAACAUUUGUUUUAGGAACUUUGAAAUUCCUAGCAUCAAAUUGGCGCCGUUGCCAAAUUCUGAGUUUGAUUUGAACAUUGAGAUUUAGUCAUUUGCUUGAGACUAAGUCAUUUUUAUUUUUUUAAGUUACUGAUUCUCUUCUUCACCUCUUUGUGAUUUUCAGGUGUAUGAACUUGAGGAGCAAGGGUACAUCAAACCUUGUUCCAAGAGCCACAGACAUCAGAGCUUUAGAGAGAGAGUGUGCUAGAAAAAGAAGAGAAGAAGAGCAACAAGCUCAACUGCAGCCACUGGAAGCUGCAAUGGAAGAACAACAAAAUCCUCAGAACCCCAAUGGACCUCAACAGCGACCAGCUCGCCCCAUUGGCACUUAUGACCGCCCCAACAUCCAUGGUCCUAGACUUGGAAUUCGAGCACCAGCUGUGGCUGCUAACAACUUUGAGAUCAAGUCAGGACUGCUCAACUGCAUAGAGAACAACAAGUAUCAUGGUCUGGCUGUGGAGGACCCAUUUGAUCACUUGGAUAAGUUUGACAGCUACUGUGGUAUGUCAAAGACUAAUGGUGUGUCAGAGGAUGCUUUAAAGCUCAAGCUAUUCCCCUUCUCUUUGGGGGAUAAGGCACGUCAGUGGGAGAAGUCUCUACCAAGUGACUCCAUCACCACUUGGGAAGACUGCAAAAAGGCAUUCUUGGAGAAAUUCUUCUCCACCUCAAGAACUGCUAAGUUGAGGAACGAGAUCUCCAGCUUCCAACAGAAGAACUUGGAAGGAUUCAGUGAAGCUUGGGAGAGAUUCAAUGGUUACCAAGCUCAGUGCCCACACCAUGGUUUUUCCAAGGAGAGCUUGCUGAGCACAUUCUACAGAGGUGCUCUUCCUAAGUAUAGAGCCAGACUGGAUACAGCUAGCAAUGGGUUCUUUUUGGGGAGAACUGAGGAAGAAGCAGAGGCUCUGGUUGACAACAUGGUUAAGAGUGAUGCAGUCUACAGUGGAGACCAUGACAGAAGCAGUAGAGGUGAUGACAAGCACACAAGGAAUGAGAUCAAAGCUCUUCAGGAGAAGAUUGACACACUCAUUGCUGAUAAGGCCACACAAGCGCAGGUGAACUUUGUUGGUAACCCACAACAGGAGAUACCUCCUACUGUCAAUGAGGUUGAUGGUUUGGAAGGGCAAGAAGAAUUGUGUUUCAUCAACAGCAAUGGUAGCUGGUACAAGAAGGAACCCAACUUUCAGUACAACAACUACCAACAGAAGCCCUAUUCCAACAACCAGCAGAGUGGUUAUCAGCCAAGAAACAACCAGCAGAGCAACUAUCAGCCUCAGCAAAGCCCCUCUCCUAGCUCUUCUGCCCCUCAAGAGAGCAGCACUGAUGCAUUACUGAAACAGAUCUUGGAGUCUCAGACUAGAAGUGAGAAGCAUGUGGGCUAUGAGCUGAAGAACCUUCACUCCAAGAUUGAUGGGAGCUACAAUGAGCUCAACAACAAAUUCUCCCACCUUGCUUCUUCUGUCAAGAAUUUGGAGAAUCAGUUUGCUUCCAUGAGCACCCACCAGAAUCGUCAGCCAGGAUCUCUACCUGGAAAAUCUGAUCAAAAUCCCAAGGACGCAAAAGCUGUCACACUCAGGAGUGGUAAGCAGUUACCUCCUAGAACCCUCACCAAGGAUGCUGAGAAACAAGGUGAGGAGAUAGCCAUCAAUCUAGAUGAUGAAGUGGUCAUUGUUGAUGAGAAGACAGAUGAUGAGAUCUUGGAGAAGAUUGAGAAAGAUAAGGGUAAAGGAAAGGUUGGAGAAGAGAAGAAGACAACAAAAGAUGGUGAAUCUGCUGCUCCAGCAGGUGAGAGCUCUUCUGUCCCUCCUCCCUAUGAACCCAAGCUUCCAUUCCCUGGUAGAUUCAAGAAGCAGCUGCUACAGAAGUACAAGGCUUUGUUUGAGAAGCAGAUGAGUGAAGCUCAGGUUACAAUGCCCAUCAUUGAUGCUUUCAUGCUGAUUCCUCAAUACAGCAAGUUCUUGAAAGAUGCUGUAACUGCUAAGAAGAAGGAGAUGGAGGGCAUGAUGGUUCUGAGCCAUGAGUGCAAUGCCAUCAUUCAGAGGCUUAAUGCUCCAGAGAAGCUAGAGGAUCCAGGAUGCUUCACACUACCUUGUGCUCUUGGACCUAUGGUUUUUGAGAAAUGUCUCUGCGAUUUGGGAGCUAGUGUCAGCUUGAUGCCUUUAUCUGUGGCAAAGAAGCUUGGCUUCACUCAAUACAAGAAGUGUAGACUCUCUCUGGUGUUAGCUGAUCGUUCAGUGAAGUACCCUGUGGGCAUCCUAGAGAACCUCCCUGUGAAGAUUGGAGGGUAUGAGAUACCUACAGAUUUUGUGGUGCUUGAAAUGGGUGAGGAGGCUCAAGACCCAUUGAUUCUUGGAAGGCCAUUCUUAGCUACAGCAGGAGCUAUUGUGAAUGUGAAAGAAGGCAAGAUUGACCUCCAUUUGGGUAAGGCGAACAUCCUCCACUUUGACAUCAAGGAGAAAAUGAAGAACCCCACUGUGUUUGGACAAGCCUUCAUCAUUGAAGAAAUGGGCCCUCCUGCUGAUGAUCACCUUGGUGAGCUACCACCUGAGGAAGAUGGGGUGUUAACUCCACUUUCUGCACCUACUCCAGCCUGAUCCAAAGGAGGCAAAGUCAAGCUAGAGACUUAAAACAAGCUCACUUGGGAGGAAGUCCCAUGAGUAUCCUUGUAUAUAUUGCAUUAGUAUUUUUAUUUUCAUCUUACUGCAUAAAGCAAUGGGAAAAUGAAGUUGUGUGCAGGUAAAAAUAGGCAAAAGGAGUGACACAAGGACGAGCAGAGCCCAACGACCAGUCACAGCGGCUCUGCCUGGUCGCUGUGACUCCAUCAGCACGGAGCGGUCUUGGCGCAGCGGCUGAUCCCCGUCGCUCGCUUCAUUCUGGAGCGACCUCCCACAGCGGCUCAUGGAGGUCGCUGUGAAGACAUCACCAGCAGCGACGCACCCGCAGCGACAUGUCCCCAUCGCUCGUCUUCUUCGGCAGCGGUUAACUGGAGCGGGUCUCCCUGGUCGCUGAGAAGCCAUCACCCGCAGCGACCCUACCUGGUCGCUGUGACCUCACCGAGCCGGAGCGGCCAGCCUCAGCGGGUAGCACAGGUCGCUCGUUGUUCCGAGCAAACCUGGAGCGACCCAUCACAGCGGGUCCCCUACCUCGCUCCACUCCAGGAACUUUGAAAUUCCUAGCAUCAAUUUCCAAUUGAUUUUUGA